CCCGGAGUCACCAGUGCUCCCGGUGACAGAGAGCACGUUCAGAGUGAAAGUCGUGUAGCCUACAUGCAUACGUUAAACACAACACUUGUGGAAAGGCGAGUUGUGUAUAACUGGCACUGACUGGAGUAUGAAACGCCUGGAAUGACAGUGGCGGAGUGAGUGGGAUGGCAGUGAACACGCCCGACUGUUGCGUACCGUUUCGUAAAGAAUAUGAUUUUACGCACUAAGUUAAAGAGUUUUCCUGCAAUUAUGUGUUGGACAGAGUAUGAAAGAUAAACCCUGAGAUUUUUUCUACGUUUCCAAGGAUUUUGUUUAUUUUUCUUUUCUUUUUUUUAUUAUUUUUAGACUUCUGGGAUUUUAUGCUUUGAAUUGUCCUUUAAGUGAUCCGGAUUAAUUUCAUCAGACAGCAGGACGAGAAAAUCGCUACAGGUUGAUUUUUAAAAAUCACAUGUUGCUUUCUUAAACUUCCCACGGAUACAUACAGUAAUAGCAAGGCAUAUUGGAUGUGCGCUAAGUGCGCACAAGGACAUGUGAAAUGGUAUGAUUUCAAAAACAUGUAUUCCACUUGCCAUCUCAAGCAAGCUGUAUGAUUGGUUAAACCUUUAAAAAGUGCAGCGUUAAAAGUGAUUUUGCUCCUCAGCGGAUAAUGGUGCCAUGGUGGCAGAAGUUGAGGGAUUUUGGCGUGCAGUUGGUGCGCUCAGAAUGGCCCGGGAGGAUUCGGUGAAGUGUCUGCGCUGUCUGCUCUACGCGCUCAACUUUCUCUUUUGGCUUAUGGCCCUUUGUGUGUUGGGAGUGGCCACCUCCCUCAGGGAUCACUUGAACAAUGUGCUCACCUUAACUGCCGACACCAGACUGGAGGAGGCAGCCCUUCUCACAUACUCCCCUGUUGUCCAUCCAGUCAUCAUCACCGUGUGCUGUUUUCUAAUCAUCGUGGCCAUGGUGGGCUACUGCGGCACGCUCAAGUGCAAUCUGCUCCUACUGUCUUGGUAUUUUGGCAGUCUGAUGGUGAUAUUCUGUGUGGAGUUGGCCAGCGGAGUGUGGACCUAUGACGAGCCUAAGGUACAAAGGUCUGACAUGAUAAGUCUAAAAUCACGUAUGCCUCAUUUUGGUCUACAACGCUACCAGUGGCUCACACAUGCAUGGAACUCCAUACAAACUGAGUUAAAGUGUUGUGGAGUAAUCUACUUCACUGAUUGGCUGGAAAUGACAGAGAUGGAGUGGCCACCUGACUCCUGCUGCUCACAUCAGUAUCCAGGGUGUGCCCGCCAUGCCCACUACCAUGACCUCAGUGACGUCCACCAAGAGGGCUGUGGUCCCAAGAUCUACAGUUUCAUCCGGGGCACCAAGCAGUUGCAAGUUUUGAGGUUCUUGGGCGUGUCGAUAGGAGUAGCCCAGAUUUUAGCCAUGAUGUUGACUGUUACACUCCUGUGGGCUCUAUAUUAUGACCAUAAACCACCCGACCCAGCGUCCCCGGACACCCUAAGCCACAUCCAUGCUCACAGCUCUGCAGAAGACUCCCUGAAGCCCAGCCAUUCACAUCCACGAGUGCCUGAGGCCUAAGGGACACACUCAGUUUGAGAUGGAACAGCUUUCCUAGCAGCCAAUAAAACCUGAUUGAUGAUAACCAAUCGGCUGCCACUAUGAAACUAUAGACACUAAAAAUUAUGUUCUUGCUCAGACUGAUUGGAGAAUUGGACCAUAAAAAUGGACCUUAUGGAUUACGAGGUAGUUCUGGGUGCUGGAUAUCGCUGUGCAAAGGUGUGAACUAAAGAUAGGCGCAUUGGAAAGUACCUGUAUCUGCCUGUGGAAAAUGGAGCUAUUUAUUGUAGUCCAUUCAGGUAGAUGAGAUUCACUAUGUUCUUCUAAAAUAAAGCCACUGGAUCUUCCUCUAUGGACUUGAAUUUAGGAAAAAGGUUCUGGAAUAAACUUUGAGGGGAAAAAGAACCGCUUACACAAACAACCUGCUAAGUCAAUUGUUUCCACAUAGGCCUACACAGAAAAGUUUAGUCACAUAUGCACACAAGCUUAAGUCUUAAUUAAUUUUUUUCAGAUGCAAUGAGAGACAUUGCUGCUGAAGGCAGAUAUUGAGGAUAAUGGGAUACAUUGUGAGUUUUCACCUCUUAAUUUAACAGCACGGUUAUAUGUGAUAUGGACUGGUGCAAGUGUGUUUAGAACAAAAGUAGCAUUCAUUUUUUAUGCACUAAUAGUCAACACAUACAGUAGGUUACAAGUUAGGGCUGAACUCUUCAAGGCACUGUGUUUAGUAUUUGAAAAACCUGUUUUGUCUUGCAUUUGAAUCACAGCGCAUUAAAUAUAAAGACUUCUGAUUUUCAGUCAAA